AUGGAACCAACAACCGCCGUCAACCCAGGCGACAUCCUCGCCCGCCUCCCCGCGGCCUUUGACGCCGCACGCAAGGCCGGUGACCUCGUCUUCUAUGACAGCACGGUGCGCUCCGUGCCCGGCGAGUUUCCCUUUGAGAUCCGUACGGCCCCCGCGCUUGGUGAAAAGAAGGCUGCCACCGAGGAAGCCGAGAGUCCCGAGGGUCCCGAGACAAAGCGUAAGCGCGUCGACGCCCCAGAGCGCCCGUCCCCCUUCCGCCCGCCCUACGUUCCCGGGCUGUAUGUCGGCAGUGUGGCCGGCGUCGAGGGUGAGGUGGACAUGAGCGUGUUGCUCAACAAGUUCUCCCUCCUUCCCGAGCACUUCCUCCUCUGCCCCGUCGUGGAGGAGCCGCAAUCCCUCCCCCCAACGCCCGGACAACUCGCCCAGACCUUUGCUUUCAUCCUCGCCGCGAACCGUGAGAGGCGCGACCUGCUGGCAUUCUACAAUGGUGGUCCUGGGGCUGGAGCGAGCCAGCGCUGGCGUCACCUCCAGUUUGUCGAGGCGCGCGCGCCCAUCGAGUCCUGGGUUCGGGGCAUGACAUUUGAGCGGCCUAACUACCCCGUCAUCCAUCCCAACUUGCCGUACUUGCACAUUGUGUGCCCGCUCCCGCCGGCACACAACCUGCCGUCGCCGAUGAGUGCCGAUGAUCUCGUGGAACUGGCGGACCGCCUCGCACCGCUCCUGAUGCGCUCACUCGACGUUGCGUUUGACGCCCUCCGCCGGGCGGGAGGCGACCGCUCGCAGGGUUGGAAUCUGCUCAUGACGCUCGACCACAUGCACCUCAUCCCACGCUCGGCGCCGAGCUUCGUCACAGAGGGGCUUACACUCGACAUCAACUCGCUUGGAUACGCGGGAAUGCUGCUCGUCAAGAGUGAUGCUGAGGGUGCGGCGCUCGACCGCGCUGCGGAGAAGGAAGGCGGGCUGAUCAACAUCCUGACGCGGUGCGCUAUCCCUCGCGAGUUUGGUGAACAGGCAGCAGAGGCCGAGGCGACACUACACCUCGGCUCGGACGAGCAGCUCCAUGGCCACGAGGAGGCCAAUGUCAAUACCGAUGGAAGAGCCGCAAAGCCCAGAAUGUAG